ACACACAAAACAUCAAGACAAGACAGUAAGCAGAGCAAAGAUUUAAUAGACAAAGUACGUUUCAGUCAUGAAGCAGAUCACCUCUUGAUUUGAGGAAGACAACCGGGUCUAGGGUUAUGAUCAGGGGUUUUUCAGGAGUCAGGUGGCAGGACCCCAGAGGCUUGCGCCUGAGUCCCUACCCUGCUCAGUGUUGGGAUGAGUCCCUGGACAUGACCAGUGGCGUGGAUUGUGUGAGGCAGUCUGGGAUGGGUCACCCAGUCCUCUCCUGGACUCUAACAAAAGGAAACUGUGUAUUCCAGCAUGUAACAUUAUGAGAUACAGGGUUUUACCCCGAGGACACACCCAAGUAUGAAUGCGAGGGUCUCCUUCAUGGCCACACUCUGGGCGGAAUAGAGGAGAAUAAGUGUCUGGCACUCUUAGGAUGGCCGGAAAGUCUGCAUGUUCAUUUGUAUCCCUCCAAGCCUGGAACAACUCCCCCAACGUUCCCAGUCUUUUCAAGUAGGCAGUAGUUCUAACCCCAGGUAUCCGGAUGUUUAACGUUGCAGGAGGCAGUGACAUUCAAGGACGUGGCUGUGGUCUUCACCGAGGAGGAGCUGGGGCUGCUGGACCCCGACCAGAAGAAGCUGUACCAGGAUGUGAUGGUGGAGAACUUCCGGAACCUGGUGUCUGUGGCAAGAUCCCCAAACAGAUGGAAACUAUUCCACAAGCAGAAAUACAGGAGGAGCCUUCCAGCGUCCAUAUCUGGCAACAAAUCCCAAGUGACUUAAAAAGGUGUCAAGAUUCUGUGACACAUAGGUCUGAGUUAUGCAAACAAGGUGGUUCAUCCUCCCCAGUUGUAGGAGGACUUUGUAUUAUUCCCAAAGGAAGGAAACCUCACAAGUAUAAUGAGAGUGGAAAAACCUCCAAAUAUGUUUCCUCCUCUGAUCUUCAUCAGUAUUCACACUCAGAAGCAAAGCCUUUCACAUGUGGUGAGUGUGGGAAAGGCUUCCGGUAUUUCUCACGUCUUCGUAAUCAUCAGAGUGUUCACAUGGGAAAGAACCGCUAUAAACGUGAUGAAUGUGGCAAGGAAUUUAGUCAGAGCUCACAUCUGCAAAGUCAUCUAAGCAUCCACACUUCAAAGAAGCCAUACAAGUGUGAGGAAUGUGGGAAACACUUCAGGCAUAGAGCAACACUUAAUGUUCACUGCAAAGGCCACAAAGGGGCAAAACCUUAUAAUUGUGAAGAAUGUGGGAGGGCUUUUCUGUAUCCUUCACAUUUUCAGGCACAUCAGAGAAUUCACACAGGGGAGAGACCGUUCAAGUGUGAGGUAUGUGGUAGGAACUUUUGUCGCAGAGCAGCACUUAGUACUCAUGCCAUGGUCCAUACAGGAGAGAAACCUUACAAAUGUGAGGAGUGUGGGAAAGCCUUUGCUCGUAACUCAUACCUUUUUAUCCAUCAGCGGAUUCACACAGGAGAAAGACCAUAUAAGUGUGAAGAAUGUGGUAAGGGCUUCAUUCAGCAUUUUCAAUUUCAAGCGCAUCAGAGAGUCCACACUGGGGAGAGACCAUACAUAUGUAACAUAUGUGGGAAAGGCUUCAUUUACAGUUCAAUACUGCGUUCCCAUCAAAGAGUUCACUCUGAAAAGAAACCAUAUAAAUGCGAGGAAUGUGGGAAGACUUUUAAAACAAAAAGUCACUGUCAGGUCCACAUGGUAGUUCACACAGGAGAUAAACCCUAUAAAUGUGAUGUGUGCGGGAAGGGUUUUAGUCAGAGUGCAUAUAUUAGAAUCCAUCAAAUGGUCCACAAGGUAGAGAAACCUUUUAAGUGUGAGGAGUGUGGGCAAGGCUUCAAUUGGAUUUCAAAACUUCAAGUCCACCAGGUGAUCCACACCGGUGAGAAACCAUACAAAUGUGAAGAAUGUGGCCAGGGCUUCAGUCGUAAAGCCAAUCUUCAAAUUCAUGGUAGAAUCCACACCGGAGAAAAACCUUAUAAAUGUGAUGUGUGUGGGAAAGUCUUUAGGCAGGCUUCAACACUUGUGGGCCAUCAGAGAAUCCACAGUGGAGAAAAGCCAUUCAAAUGUGAAGAGUGCGGGAAGAGAUUUUGUCAGAAGUCACAACUCCAUUGUCACCAGAAAGUUCAUGCUAAGAGAAAAGCCUUAAACAUUUGAGCGUAAGAAGGGUUUCAAGUGGAGCUACCGUCUCUGAUCAUCAUCGGAAGAUAUAUGCAAUAGAGAGUGGUGGUGUGGUAAUACAGUUAUACCUCAAGUCUUCUUUAGGGCCCACAUUGGAAAGAAGCCAUACAAAUGUAAUUGUCACCAACAUCACUGCCGUCGGGUCAGUUCCAACUCUUGAUGACACUACAUAGGAUUUCUGUCUGAGGCUGUAAACCCCCCCCCCCCCCAAUUAAAAAACUCCAUAUACAACAAAUUUGCUUUAAAAAAUAUUAUCUGUCACUCCUGUCAUGCUGACAGUGGACAUCUAUACACUUGCAGGACAAAAGUCCAAAUUUGUAUCUGACAAUGGUAGGUCGUAUACAUUCAAUAUGAUGAACACACAGGACUGAGCCUUUAGAAGAGAUGUGUAUUCAAAACACUGCCUAUAUACUAAACACUGCAACACUCUGCACACCAGUAACGGUAUCUUCCAUUGUACUUGAUUAAAAGUGACUGGCUGAAACAAGCUAACACUAAGCACACUAAAAACCACAAUUCAA